CCUCAUCAGCUGUGACAGGCUCCGUGGUAGCGCCGCGCCGCUCACUAACCCGGCCACCGCUCGUUACCGUCAAUUUACAGAAAUGGAUUUUAGCUCGAGAGGAGAGAGCGAGAGUCCGAGCGGCACGCACGGCGCGUGGUUGUAGAGCGAGAUCAAAAGGCGCGUGGUGUGCGCGCGGCGGCCGCCUCAGAUUUCUCCUCUCUCCUCUCCCGUGGACGAACGCCGCUCUCAGUGGCGCCUGCUGCCUCGUAAAGAAGCCGCGGUCCUGUUCUGCUCUUCUGUGUUCGCUUGUCCGUGUGAGUUCAGUUGUGUGAGUGUGUGUAUGUGGUUCGCGCGCGUGAACCGGCAAGAAUCAAACACCGAACAGGCCAGCGCGAGCGAGUCGGCGAGGCAGCCCGCGAGCGCUCAGCUAGCGACCGUACGUUCCGCCGCCAGAGAUGGUCACGUCCACACCGGGGAUCCUUCUGCUGCCGAUGCUAAUAUGUCUCCAGCACUGCAGCGGAGCUCACGGUGCCAAGACGGAAUGUGAAACGAGUCAGUUUCAGUGUGGAAAUGGUCGCUGCAUCCCGUCUGUGUGGCAGUGUGACGGAGAUGAGGACUGCACGGAUGGCAGUGACGAGAACUCAUGUGUUAAAAAGACUUGUGCAGAAGUGGACUUUGUGUGUCACAACGGCCAGUGUGUCCCAAAGCGGUGGCACUGCGACGGGGAGCCAGAUUGUGAGGACGGUUCUGACGAGAGCUUGGAAAUCUGCCACAUGAGGACCUGCCGCGUGAAUGAGUUUAGUUGCGGAGCAGGCUCCACACAGUGCAUCCCCAUCUUCUGGAAGUGUGACGGAGAGAAGGACUGUGACAGUGGAGAGGACGAGGUCAACUGUGGAAACAUCACUUGUGCACCAAACGAGUUCACAUGUGCGAGUGGCCGCUGCAUCUCCCGGAACUUUGCGUGUAACGGUGAGGACGACUGUGGCGACGGCUCUGAUGAGGUGGACUGCGCUCCGUCCUCUUGCGGUCCCAGUGAGUUCCAGUGUGGCAACUCGUCGUGCAUUCCAGUCAGCUGGGUGUGUGACGACGACGUCGACUGCCAGGACCAGUCCGAUGAGUCUCCAUCUCGUUGUGGCCGUCACCCGACCCCACCAGCCAAGUGCUCCACCAGUGAGAUGCAGUGCCGCUCAGGGGAGUGCAUUCACAAGAAGUGGAGGUGUGACGGAGACCCUGACUGCAAGGAUGGCAGCGAUGAAGCAAACUGUCCUGUGCGUAACUGUGGGCCAGAGCAGUUCAAAUGUGAUGAUGGAAGCUGCAUCCUGGGCAGCAGACAAUGUAACGGCCUCAGAGACUGCGCGGAUGGAUCGGAUGAAGCCAACUGCAAGAACGUGACUCAGUGUAAUGGCCCAGAGAAGUUCAAAUGUCGCAGUGGGGAGUGCAUCGAGAUGAGCAAAGUGUGCAACAAGGCCAGAGACUGUCCCGACUGGAGUGAUGAACCCAUUAAGGAAUGCAAUCUUAAUGAGUGUCUCCUGAACAACGGAGGCUGUUCUCAUAUCUGCAAAGACAUGGUGAUUGGCUUUGAGUGUGACUGUACACCUGGACUCCAACUCAUAGACCACAAGACCUGUGGAGACAUCAAUGAGUGUCUGAACCCUGGCAUUUGUAGUCAGAUCUGCAUCAACCUUAAGGGAGGAUACAAGUGUGAAUGCCACAACGGCUACCAGAUGGAUCCGACCACCGGCGUCUGCAAGGCUGUCGGUAAGGAGCCCUGCUUGAUCUUCACCAACCGUCGUGACAUCCGUCGUCUGGGUCUGGAGAGGAAAGAGUACACUCAGAUUGUGGAGCAGCAGAGGAACACGGUGGCUCUGGAUGCAGACUUUAACCAGCAGAUGCUUUUCUGGGCUGACCUGGGCCAGAAGGCCAUAUACAGCACUGUGCUGGAUAAACGUGGUGAUGUUGGCGCCCACAAGAAAGUGAUAGACAAUGUCCAGACUCCAGUGGGAAUCGCAGUGGACUGGAUUUACAAGAACUUGUACUGGUCUGAUCUCAGCACCAAAUCUAUUUCUGUUUCCAACUUUAAUGGAACCAAGCAGAAAGCCCUGUUCAACCGAGGCCUCAAAGAACCUGCCUCCAUUGCUGUGGAUCCACUGUCUGGGUUUCUGUAUUGGUCUGACUGGGGUGAGCCUGCCAAGAUUGAAAAAUCUGGUAUGAAUGGAGUGGACAGACAAGUCCUGGUGGCAACCGACAUCCAGUGGCCUAAUGGAAUCACACUGGAUCUAAUCAAAGGCAGGUUGUACUGGGUCGACUCGAAGCUGCACAUGCUCUGUAGCGUCGACUUGAACGGGGACAACAGGAAGAAAGUGCUGCAGUCUCCAGACUACCUGGCUCAUCCCUUCGCACUCACUGUUUUUGAGGACCGAGUCUUCUGGACAGAUGGUGAAAAUGAAGCCAUCUACGGGGCAAACAAGUUCACCGGCUCUGACGUGGUGACGCUGGCCAGCAACCUGAAUGACCCCCAGGACAUCAUAGUGUACCACGAGCUGAUUCAGCUAUCGGGUACGAACUGGUGCACAGAGAAGGGGGAAAAUGGCGGCUGCAGCUACAUGUGUCUGCCUGCACCGCAAAUCAACAAGCACUCCCCCAAAUACACCUGCGUGUGUCCAGAGGGACAGGAGCUGGCUGCCGACGGCUUACGCUGCAGACCUGACCCUUCUUCCAAAAGUCCCUCAAAGGAUGAUGGGAAAGCUCUAAUACAGCCGCCCCCAGAAGCCAAUGUAAGCACUUCGAUUCAAGUGAACUCCACAGCCAGAGGCUCUACUGCAGCCUGGGCCAUACUUCCCGUCUUGCUCAUAGCGAUGGCAGCAGCAGGCGGGUACCUGAUGUGGAGAAACUGGCAACUAAAGAACCAGAAGAGCAUGAAUUUCGACAACCCCGUCUACCUAAAGACAACAGAAGAAGACCUCAACAUCGACAUCACCCGGCACGGCGCCAAUGUGGGACACACUUACCCUGCGAUCUCGAUAGUAAGCACAGAGGACGAUUUAUCCUGAUCGUGUUGGGUUUUUUUUGAUUUGUUUUUGUUAUUUUCUCCACGGCUGCCGGUAUUGUGGCAUGGCGCCUCCUCGUUUCCAUGCCGGCGGUUGUCCAUAGCAGCAGCAGCAGCAGCAGCAGCAGCCCUUACAGUACGACCACAUGCCUUCUGAAGUGCAUUAUAUUACCUGUGGCAAUGAGGAAAUGUUAUUUAUUAUGUGAAUAUUGCAAUGAAGUGUGUCACAAACGCUUUCCACUCAGCAUCCGAAGUGUUAAGGAUAUUAUUUUAUUUAUUUUUUUCCAUUUGGUGUUUAUAAUUUUUGGCCACAGAAAGCUUCCUGUCAGUUCUCUGCCUCACUCUCUUAAAGGACAUCAUUUCUAUUUUCACAACAGACGAGAAGAGAUGAACAUCAAGAGUCUGAUGGCCUCUUAGGGGACUGUCUGUGUUCAGACUGAACUACAAGACAGAUUUUCUCUCCGCUAACUGUCCUAAACAUGAUGUGAAACUGGAUCUGAGCUCCAUGGACUUCACAUGGCAAAAGUUUGAAGAUGGUGCGAGACUAGAGCAUCAAGCGUUGCUUAGGACUGAGGCAGUAGCUGGGGAAAUUUGAUCCAAACUUUAUUUUCAUCUGAUCACAUUUGAAUAUUUAGUCAUAUUUUGGGCAGUAAUAACUAAAAUAUGUAAGUUUUCUUUUUUCAGUUUUCCUGAACUGCAUUCUUACAGUCUAAUCUCCUUAUUGUUAUUAUUAUUGAUGUUCAUAUUAUUAUUGUUACUGGAGCUCUGUUAAAAAUGACCAUGGUCGCAGCAUUUGUAAACAGUGUAUAUAAUUACCCAUCACCCCUCAGAGACAUGACAUCUGACCAGGACUCUUCAAUGCACUUUGAUCAAAUGUUCUUGUGUAAAUAAGAUUGUAUACAUUUGACUUGAAAUCAACUUUUUGCUAUGGUUGGGUAUCGUACCAGGGUUAGAGUUCAGAUGUAUUUAAGAAGACAAAAAAAAAAAAACACAACUGAAUUUGGUAAAACUAUUUUGUAUGUUUGUGUGCUGUUGCUGUGAACUUUUCUAGCCUUGUACAGUGAAGGGGGAACACAAUAAAAACUAAAGAGCUCUGUAUCUGUGACACAAACUGAUUCGCAAUCACUUUGAAAUUAAAACCUAAACCACAACAUUGUUCAAAA